GGAGGGGAGAUGCUGGAUGCUGUUUAAAGCCCAAACCAGACCAUGGCCUGGAGAAUCCUGAGCUGGGGGGAUAGGAAUAUUUCAAAGUUUAAAGUUCCCUCCCCGGGAAGGACGGGGGAACUCAGGCAGAGAGUAAGAAGAGGCCAGGCUAGGCCCUCUAGGCCCAAAGGGUGAAGCUUAAUCCUCCUUAGGGGAGUUAAGGGGAGGAGUGGGCUCCCUGGGGAAAUAAGAAGCCGGACCAGCCUGUCCCAGCUUGUCACGGGACACCCUUCCUGCAAUUGUUCCUGGAGGAGCCCGGUCAGUCAGUUGGUAAGCUCUGGCCCAAGGCAGCAGGGGAGCCGUUGUCAGGAUCGCCCUGAGGGACUCCUUCCUGUUGUCAGCCCGCUCUGGCCUCUUUAGCUCUCAGGAUUCCCAGGCAUCUUCGGCCUUCCUGGGAAUCCCAGCCCUGCCCAGGAACCCCGGGACCAGGAGGAAGGAUCUCCCCAGACAGCCCGGAACAGCGUUGGACUGCCCACGGAGAAGGCGUACCAACCAGCAAUGAGAAGCUCCCGGCCAUGGUCUACUCUGCCUUGGAGGGAGUGCAGAGAAUUGGAGGCUGAGCAGGGCAGGCAAUGGAUGGACCUAGCGCUGGGGGAGAUAAGGGCCCAGGAGGAAGAGGAAGAGCGGCCUCUGAGCCUCCUUCCUGCCCCAAAGGCCUGGGGCCACAGCCAAGUGAUCAAGGCCAUAUGGAGGGGCCAGCUGGGCCUGACCAAGCAGCUGCUGAGGCAGGGGGCCGACAUCAAUGAGAGGGAUCCAGCCGGGCGAACCCUGCUCCACCACGCAGUGGUGAGUGGCCACAUCCCUCUGGUCCGGUUCCUGGUGCAGCGUGGGGCCGCGGUGGACGCAGCAGAUGAGGACCUGGUCACUCCUCUGCACUGGGCCGCCUGGCAGGGGCAGAGCCAGGUGGCCGAGCUGCUUCUGCAGCGAGGGGCGUCAGCUUCAGCCAGGAGUCUGCCAGGUCUCACACCACUGCAUUGGGCGGCCGCCCUGGGACACCUGCUGCUGGUUCAGCGACUGCUCGCUCACAACCUGGACGCUGCCAGUGGGGACGUUCACGGGUGGACGACACUGCACUGGGCAGCUGCAGGGAACCAGCUUCCUGUGGUAGAACUUUUGAGCUGUCAAGGAAUCUCGAUGGAUAUCAGCUGUUCGGGGGGCCCCUGCCCUGUGCAUGUGGCAGCAGGGACUGGGAGAAAGGAGUCACUGCAGUUUCUUCUGAUCCGAGGGGCACAGGUCGAUGCCCAGGAUGGCACUGGAGCAACAGCUCUCACCAUCGCCUCGGACCUGGGAGACCAGGAGGUAGUAAAGCUGCUCUUGGACCAUGGCGCCAAUGGGGAGCUUCCAGACCAACAUGGCCGCUCUGCCCUCCACCGGGCCGCCGCUGCUGGCCACCUUCCCGUGGCCCGGCUGCUGGUGGAGAGAGGAGCCUCGGUGGAAGCCCAGGAUGGACUACAUCUCACGCCCCUGCACCACGCGGCCUUGGGGGGAGACACUGUGGUUGCCAGCUACCUCCUGGACCAGGGAGCAGAGGUCAAUGCCGCCGGUUGGCUCCACAAGACCCCUUUGCACUUGGCCAUCGAGAAAGGUCACUGCUCUAUGGCAGAACUUUUACUAAAGCGGGGGGCCAACCCCAACCUGAGGACACAGUGGCGGGAGACUGCAGAAGACCUCGCUGCCCCGGACAGUCCCCUCAAGACUCUCUGUUCCUUUCAGAAAGGCCAAGAGGAGAGAGGCAAGGCUGGGCAGGACCCAAGCCCCUCUGUGUAGAUAUCCACCCUGGGGGGCCUGGGUUUGAGUGAUCCCGUGUGCCUGGCUAGCUUUGUGGCCUUGGGAUCACAGGACUUAUGAGAUGGCCCCUGGAGAUUACCUGAUCCAACUGUCUCCUUUUACAGAAGGGGAAACCAAGGCCCACAGAGUACAGUCACUUGCCCAAGAUCAAUAGAGUAGAGUAGCCCGGGUACUCAUCUGUAAAAUGGGACUAACACCUGCUUUACCACGAGGAGAGUAAACCCUAUAGGGAUAUAUAUAAAAUGUUGUUGUUGCUGUUAUUACUGAGACUCCAGAUGAAUGAGUAUUUUUAAGGUUUGGGUGCCCUUAGGGACUAAAUGAAGGUGGGGAUUGGGAAAUAAGAGGGGGCAGAGCCAUGUUUACGUUUUCCUGGGGGAAAUGAAGCAGCAGUGACCCAAACCCCUGGACAUUUGAUCCCAUGGCAUGAGGAGGGGAAGAACAGGAAUCUCUACUUUCUGCCAUCAUUUUUUGCGGAGUUUUACCUGAUAAUAGUCAGCAUUUAUAUAACUCUUUAAAGCUUGCAAAAACUUUAUAUGUAUCAUCUCAUUUGAUCUUCACAACCGUGUGAAAUAGGUGCCAUUAUUAUUCCCAUUUUAUAGUUGAGGAAAUGGAGGCAGACAGAAGCGAAGUGAUCACUGGAUCACACAGCUGCUAUGGUCCAAGUCAUGACUCCAAUGUUGUUCAGUCAUAUCUGACUCUUUGGGAUCUCAUUUGGAGCUUUCUUCAGAGAGACACGAGAGUGAUUUGGCCAUUUCCUUCUCCAACUCAUUUUGCAAAUGCCUGAGGUUGAUAGGGUAAAGUGAUAUGCCCAGAAUCAUACAGCUGGGAAGUGUGAGGCAGGAUUUGAAUUCAGGUCUUUCUGAUUCUACUUCAUCACUUAGCAACCCAUAUAGAUUUGUGGGGGAUUGUUAAUACAUGCUUUUUGAUUGACUGACUGAUCCUCUGUUUUACCUCUGAGUCCCCAUCAAUAGAAUGGGAACUAUCCCUAACUUUGAUUCAAGAAAUUAAAUAUUUUUUCUAAAAAAGGAUAAACUUACGAGAUUUUUCUUUUUUUUUUUUUAAAAUAAAGUCAUGUUUAAAUAUAUAAAUAUCUAUAACAGAUUUUAUCAAUAACUUAAUUUAUAUUAAAAUAUAAUUCCUUCCUUGCUGAUUCUUUUAGAAAAGCUGAGUAUCAACAAAUAUAACCAAAGAUGCGAUCUUUUUAAACCAUAAUGGCUGAUGUCCAGGAAGGCAUGUGAUAAUUCAAGAGACAAGGGAGCUGUUUAAGGCAGAAAGUGAACUCAAUGUCUCUUCCAAACACACUUAUCAACUCCCUCUUCACUCUACUCUUCUAUUUCACACAAUCUCCUUACUCAUUCACAUCUUUCUUUUUUUCCCUAAGUGACAGCAUUUUAUUUUUCAAAAUAAAUGCAAAGGUAGUUUCCGACAUUCACCCUUGCACUCAUUCACAUCAAAUCUGUGUGGAAUAAAAGUUCAGAAAUGUUCCUAUUACAAUUUCAGGGACUUGUUUAUGACUUGGAUAAACCCGGUUGAAACUUCCUAGCUCUUUUCAAAUUGUCCUGGUAUGACAAUCAUUUUCAUUGUCCUCCUUUUCCAGAUCCCACAGAAAGUGGUAGGUUUCUAAUAGAUCUUGAUUAUUUAUCAGACUGAUGGUACAGUUAAGAUUUAUAGGAAAGAUCUAUUAUACAAUCUUGUUCAUAGGGAAGACAAGGGAGAAUAAACAUUAAGUUCCUACUAUGUAUCAGGCACAAUGCUCAGCACAUUAUAAAUAUUACAACGUGGGAUCAUAGGAGUAGUGUUCUGAUUGGUUUUCUGGAGGUCUUGGAGAAGCCUUCGUUUUGGUAGAUUAAUCACCACAAGAAUAGGCAGAUGUUUAAAGUCCAAAUCCUUUAUUAUCUCCUUCAUAAUCUAGUUUCCUUGCCUGGGGCCCCAGGCCAGCUUGGUCUCAGAGGAGGAAAUGCAGGACAGGCCUCCAGCCACCACCAAGGUGGACCAUGGGAAUGAAUGUGUCUCUGAGUCCCACCCUGGCUGACUUUGUCCCAGUUUAUAUGCUCUAUUAUAAUUAGAUCAUUACUGAAUAUAAACCAAUCAUUAUAUCACUAGGGAACCAUUGUCUUAUCAAUUCCACUGAGUUAGCACCUAGUAAGAAUCCUUGUUUCAAGUACAGCUGGCCCAUAACAAUAGGAUCACAGAUUGAGAGCUGGAAGAGACCUUAAAGUCCCUUUAAAGACCUUUCCUAGUUUAACUCCCCCCAAUCCUGCUUUCCACCUCUACUUCUGAAAAUGGUAAAAAUAUGAAUACUUACAAAACUCUCCUGUCUUAGAACGUAAGCUCCUUAAAAGUAGAGACUCUUUUGAUUACUUGUAUUUGUAUCAAGUCACUUUACCCUGUUUGCCUCGGUUUCUUGAUCUAUAAAAUAAACUGCAGAAAGAAAUGAAAAACUAUUCCAGUAUCUCUGCCAAGGAAAGCCCAAAUGGUGUCACUAAGAGAUGGGACACAACCGAACAACAGCAAUAUUUGUAUCACCAGAAAUUAAUCAAUCUUUUAUUAAGCACCUACUAGUUCCAGGGGAAUGGAGGUAUCCCAAUAGACAGAGCGCCAGGCCUAGAGUCAGGAAGACUCAAGGACUUUGUUGUGUGAAAAUCUAUACCAUGGAAACUUCCUAGCUGUGUGAUCAUAAGCAUGUCACUUUACUCUGUUUGAACAAAAGCAACAUCAACAUUUACAUCUCCAGUUAUUAAUUGAUCAAUUAACAUUUACUAAGCACCUAUUAUGUUCUAGGUCAUGUACUAAGGCUGAGGAUAGAAUCAAAAGCCAGUUUGCUCUCAAAGAGCUUAAAAUCAAAUGCAGACAACACAUAUAGCAAGCUCUAAAUAAAUGCUUUUAUAUCUAUAUAUUGUACACAGCAAAGGGUUUAAUCUUAUAAAUAUCCACUUUAAAAAAGUACACAUUAAGUGUCUCUUGUGACAAGGCACUGGGGAGUCAAAGACAAAACUGAUCCCUGUCUGCAAAAUGCUAACAUUUUACUGGGGGUGGGAGGUAAGGAGAGGCACACAUAAACAAAGAAGUAAACCAAUGCAAUUUGGAUUAAGUGGAUAAUUUGGAGAGGGAGAAAACAAAAGAAACAGCAUUUAUUAGGUACCUGCUGUGUGCCAGGUACUGAUGAAGAAUAGAAAGAGAAAGGUUCCUUUAGGUCAUAGAACCCAAUCCAUUCUAAUAAAGCUCAGACUGAAGAGGGUUGGUUUUGGUUAGGGAGGUGGUGCUGGAAUCAAGUCUUGAAGGAAGCAAGGGACUGAGACAGGCUAUUCAGAGCCAGAAAGGAAGUGCUGAAUUCUUUUGCCUAGAAUUAAGGGGAUAUUAUGAAAGGGGUCUGGGCAGGAAGGUUAGUGACUUUCCACACCAGGCUUAAAGGCUUAUAUUUUAUCUGACAAGCCUCAGGAGACAGGUUCAAAUCUCAGAUUUGCCUCUUGCUAUAAAUGGAUAAACUUCAUUCAGCCUUGGUUUCCUAAUUUGCCAAGAGCAAAUGGUCUUAAGGCCUUUCAGCUUGAAACCCAGACUUGUAUUUUGGCAAGAUUAUUUUGGCAACUGUGUGACUGAUGAAUUAAAGAGAAAAGGAUCAAGGAGACCUUUAGAAAGCCAUUUCAAUAAUCUAGGUGAGAAGCUAGCAGGACCUGAGCUUGGGGAGUGGCUGCAUGAAUGGGGAGAGAUGGGAAUAAAAGAAAAGAGAAUGUUAUGAAAAUAACACUAAUGAGACUUGGCAACAGAUAGUGCAGAGAUCCUGUGUUACUAGGUGAGGUUGACAGAGAGUGCCUGAAGUUCAGAUAAAAUUACUCCCUGAGGCAAGCAGGGAAAGGCACUGAUGGGAAUCAGUUUAAUUUUAUAAUCCCAUCCUCUGUGGAAGUCUUGGGAAGCCCCACCUAGCUAUGUCCAGCAAACCCCCAAGGUUAAAUUUCUCCUAUAAAUCUGUCCAUGGCUCACACUGUCUUUUCUAAAUCCUUUUUGGGGUUAUAGCCUGCCACUGCAUUCUCUGUCACGGUGUCUUUCUCCUUAUAGCUAACUUAACUCUAUGGAUUUAGCCUGUCAGUUAAGGGCAGGAUCCCACCUCAUCGAGUAUUCCCUUUCUCCUGGUUAACUGUGAGUUCUACUAGUGAAUUUGUCCUUUCCAUUUUCCAUUGUUAAUUAUUAAAAUCCUUUUUCCUUGCUAAGGAUAUAUGGUCUUCUAACUCUAUUUCAUAUUUACCAUUCCUGGUGUCUACUGUACCGCUUUCAUUUUGUCUGUAACCUCUUCUCCCAAAUAAACUUACCUUUUGGCAAAGAGAA